UUCUGGGUAAACACAGAAUACGAAUAAAGAAGAAUAUUCGAUUUACAAGCGCAAUCCUCGCUGUAAUAGUGAUGUAACGAUUGAGUUUCUGAAUCAUUAGAGUUGGCACUUUAGCACUCAAAAAAUUUACAUUUGUUUUUUCUUAACCUUGUUCUUGUCUACCGUUUAAACUAAUCAUAGAAACCAGGAGAAUUCAUUUGUGUCCACCCAAUCCCUCCCCUUCUCUCUGUCUACAUAGUUGAUCCUACCAAGACGUUCAUCUUCUCAAAAUUCAAUCCAAUAUCUCUGUUUUUUUUAAUUGAAUUUUUAAUCUCCACAUUUUUAGAUUAAAAAAGAAAUUAUGGCUUCUCGAAGGCGGAUGCUUCUCAAGGUCAUAAUCCUCGGUGAUAGCGGGGUGGGGAAGACAUCUCUGAUGAACCAGUAUGUGAAUCGCAAGUUUAGCAACCAAUACAAAGCCACAAUUGGAGCUGAUUUCUUGACAAAAGAAGUUCAAUUUGAGGAUAGGUUAUACACAUUACAGAUAUGGGAUACGGCUGGGCAGGAAAGGUUCCAAAGCCUUGGUGUGGCUUUCUACCGUGGAGCAGAUUGUUGUGUUCUAGUGUAUGAUGUGAAUGUAAUGAAGUCAUUUGAGAACCUUAACAACUGGAGAGAGGAAUUCUUGAUCCAGGCCAGCCCAUCUGAUCCUGAGAACUUUCCAUUUGUUGUAUUGGGGAAUAAGAUAGAUGUUGAUGGUGGCAACAGUCGAGUGGUUUCUGAGAAGAAAGCCAAGGCAUGGUGUGCCUCCAAGGGGAUACCUUACUUUGAGACCUCCGCAAAGGAGGGAUUCAAUGUGGAUGCAGCUUUCCAAUGUAUAGCCAAAAAUGCUCUGAAAAAUGAGCCUGAAGAAGAAAUAUACCUUCCGGAUACUAUCGAUGUUGCUGGCGGAAAUCAAUCAAGAUCAACAGGAUGUGAAUGUUGAAGGGUUUCUUUGGUUGCAAGUGCAAGUUCCCUUUGUUUGAAUCAUCUGAUAUUUAUUUACUACAACACCGUUAAAUCCUCUGUAUUUGAUUUGAGAUCUGGAUUACUCCUAAACUGUAAUUAUGACGUUGCACCUUAAAUUUUUUCCCCUCUCCUUGGAUACAUGAUAAUAUACUAUUCAUGAUCCAUACACUUGACUACAUGUUUUAAAAACAAUUGCCCUUUUUCAGAGAUAGCAAGAAAUUGCUCUGAGCUUUAUUGCA